AUGGCCCUCUCAAGGGGAGAAGCAGCAGGCCUCUUAUCUGCACCCCUCAGACGCUCCGUGAGAAGACCAAAGCCUGAUACGAGUUCUGUGGUGUCCGUGUCGCAGACGCUCCGUGAGAAGACCUGCCUGCUGGAGGUAAGCUCCUCGGUGAAGGCCAGCCUCUACAGUGGGCUGGUGGAGCUCCUCGGUGAAGGCCAGCCUCUACAGUGGACUGCUGGAGCUCCUUGGCCAGCCUCUACAGUGGACUGGUGGAGCUCCUCGGUGAAGGCCAGCCUCUGCAGUGGGCUGGUGGAGCUCGGAGGCUCUGCCAAGUACCUGAAGAAGAAGACCUCCUCCGCUCGCCAGUGCAGCGUCACCCUCAAAUACCACGUGACCACCGAGUUUAAAGAGCUCCUGAUAUCUGAGCUCGGGACUCCAAAGCCGGAUGUUUUGGACACGGCAGAUGCCACUCAUGUGGUGGUGGGAGUGCUCUACGGGGCUCACGCACUGAUGGAGUUUAAAGACACAGCCGGCGAUGCUUCCAGCAAGCAGGAAAUCCUGGGGAACCUGAAGGUAAUGAUCGACAGGAUACCGAAAUGUAACAUCAGCGUUGAUGGAAGGUUACAGUUGGACGAUAAAGACAGGGAGAAGGUGAAGAACAUGAGCUGUGAGUUCUACGGUGACGUUCAUCUGAAGGACCUUCCAUCUACGUACGAGGAGGCUGUGAAGGUGUACAAGAAGCUGCCCAGCCUGCUGGGACAGAAAGGAGAGAACACUGUGCCUGUGAAGGUCUCCUUAUAUCCACUGAGCAUGUUUGGUAAUACUGAGUCCAAGCUGAAGAACAUGAUCUCAGUCAAGCUGGUUGCAGACGUGGAGAAGGCCAUGGAUGCUUUCCACCAGGCUGAGAUAAGAACUAGUGACCUGCUGGAGAGGAGCAGAGAGAUCAAGACUGAAGACAUCGUCCAAAAACUGGAGCGCUUCCGAAGCAGCCUGAGGAUUUUCACUGUUAAUUUCCUGCGGAAAAUGGGAGACCUGAUCCCAGCCAUCAGAGGAGGCAACAUGGAGGAGAAUGCCCUGGGAGACCUUAUGAAGUUCCAGGAUGCAUCUGGCUUCAGUGGGAAGGAUAUGAAGCUGUGGCUGGAUGGAAAAGAGACUGAGAUCAAUGUUGUCACAAAGAACAUAACCAAACUGAAGUCUGAGAUUAGACCUCCUGGCCCGGAGCUCGACUCUUUCCUGAUGGACCCAGAUGUGACUGAUGUUUUCGUAUUCAGCUUCACCUCUCUGAGUUAUGAUGAACCGUACCUGGAGCAAAUCUCACAGGCAGCUGAGAACUUCAAGAGUGGUUCCACCACCUUUAGCACACCUGAACGGAACCCAGGAAAGGAGGUGGAUGCUCCCUGGUACAGGAGACCAGAAGUGAAGGAGGCCCUAGGCUCUGCACGUGAGGUCUUUAACAAAGCACCCCUCAAAGUCAUCAGCUUCAUUUCCGACACAAGAUACCCAGGAGCAUCCGUCCGGUGGUAUCACAACGCGCACUUGAAAGAUCCACACGUAACAACCAUCCCAGUACAUCUGCAUACUCGUGAGUUCACACUGGACCCCAACACAGUGAGCAGAUAUCUCCGUCUGUCUGAGGGGAACAGGAAGGUGACACAUGCCGGGGAGAAGCAGCCGUAUCCUGACCACCCUGACAGAUUUACGGGCAACUUCUUUGCUGGAUUGAUCACCUGCCCCCAGGUGCUGAGCAGAGAGCCUCUGCCUGGACGCUGCUACUGGGAGUGUGAGUGGAGUGGGAGGGGCGUGUAUGUGGGAGUGGCCUAUACGAGCAUGAGCAGGAGGGAAUUCAUUGGCUACUCUGCCAAGGCCUGGUGUCUGUACUGUUGCAGUGACGAAUACGAAGCCUACCACAAUUCCAAUAGGACUGUCCCACCUGUCACCCCCGCAGACUCCAGGAGAGUAGGAGUGUAUGUGGACCGUGAGGUCGGCACUCUGUCCUUCUACAGGGUCUCCUCUGAUACUCUCACACACCUGCACACCUUCACCACCACAUUCACUAGUGAGCCCCUACAUGCAGCAAUUUAUGUUUAUCCUGACUCAUCAGUGUCUCUGAUCUAGAUCACAUGACCUGCUGCAGGACACACACACACACAC